AUGUGUGAUGAUGAAGAGACCACCGCUCUGGUGUGUGAUAACGGUUCCGGUUUGGUGAAAGCCGGGUUCGCCGGAGACGACGCGCCCCGAGCCGUGUUCCCGUCCAUCGUGGGUCGACCGCGUCACCAGGGUGUGAUGGUGGGUAUGGGGCAGAAGGACUCGUACGUCGGUGACGAAGCUCAGAGUAAGAGGGGCAUCCUGACGCUGAAGUACCCCAUCGAGCACGGCAUCAUUACCAACUGGGACGACAUGGAGAAGAUCUGGCACCACACCUUCUACAACGAGCUGAGAGUGGCUCCCGAGGAACAUCCCACCCUGCUCACUGAGGCGCCCCUCAACCCCAAAGCCAACAGGGAGAAAAUGACUCAGAUCAUGUUCGAGACCUUUAACGUUCCUGCCAUGUACGUGGCCAUUCAGGCGGUUCUGUCUCUCUACGCUUCUGGCAGAACCACCGGAAUCGUUCUGGACUCGGGUGACGGUGUGACCCACAAUGUUCCCAUCUAUGAGGGUUACGCUCUUCCUCACGCCAUCAUGAGACUGGACCUGGCUGGACGAGAUCUGACCGAUUAUCUGAUGAAGAUUCUGACUGAGAGAGGAUACUCCUUCGUCACCACCGCCGAGCGUGAGAUCGUGCGAGACAUUAAAGAGAAGCUCUGCUACGUGGCUCUGGAUUUUGAGAAUGAAAUGGCCACGGCCGCGUCCUCGUCCUCUCUGGAGAAAUCCUACGAGCUCCCCGACGGUCAGGUCAUCACCAUCGGCAACGAGAGGUUCCGGUGCCCAGAGACGCUCUUCCAGCCCUCGUUCAUCGGUAUGGAGUCGGCUGGUAUUCAUGAAACCACCUACAACAGCAUCAUGAAGUGUGACAUCGAUAUCCGCAAAGAUCUCUACGCCAACAACGUUCUGUCUGGUGGCACCACCAUGUACCCGGGUAUCGCUGACCGUAUGCAGAAGGAAAUCACCGCCCUCGCCCCCAGCACCAUGAAGAUCAAGAUCAUCGCUCCUCCUGAGCGUAAAUAUUCGGUCUGGAUCGGAGGUUCCAUCCUGGCCUCGCUCUCCACCUUCCAGCAGAUGUGGAUCAGCAAGCAGGAAUACGAUGAAGCCGGACCGUCCAUCGUACACAGGAAGUGCUUCUAAUCACGCGGCAGGAAGUGCUCCAGAAUGACAUACGCAUCACCGAUUACCUGGACAUUCAGCUCAGAGUCCAAUCAGAAACGUGUUAUACAGACAAAAGUAUUGGGACACCACCUUAUAAUGAAUGAUGAGUUAUACAAAUGCUGUCAAAACGGGCACAAAUUCCCAUACACAGACACAAGUCUUGUGAGAAGCUUCUCAGAUGAGCGGCUGAGGUCACUCAAUAUCAGGGUCAGGUGUCCUAAUACUUUUGGUCAUGAGUAUGAGAGGAGAAUCUGAUGCUGUGUGAUAAUGAUGAAGAUUUUUUACAGAUGUUCUUGUACAGGAUGUUUACAUGGUGUUUGAUGAAUAAAUGUAUCUCAGUAUUUAUUGCUUUAUAAUAAAC